GAUUAAUGCCAUAUAGUCUUCUGCAUGCUGUUAACUUAGUAAAUGAUCCAUUUGAAGAAUUAGAACAGUGAAGUCGAUGUAAAAUUUAAUGAGAUUAAAUUUCUUAGAAAGGAUUUGCGAAGUUAUCCUCAAUCCUCCAAGAAACAAAGAAAUAAAGAUGGUUUAAUAGAUAAAUCAAAGUCGACUUACCAAAAUAUGCAUGGAUCUAAUUCUAAUCAACAUUUUUCAACAAACCAUUCUUCUAAUAAAUUAUCUCUAGCUGCUUGGCAAAGUGAACAACAGUUAGUCACUGAUUCUGAACAUGAAGAUGUAAAUCAACAAAAUAUAUUUAGACAUGGACAAAAUAGUCAUUAUCAAAAUUCUCAGCAUCUUGAUGAAAGAGAGAGACAUUUGAUGGAAAGCCAUGCUUCAAAAUUGUAUAAAGAAGACAAUACAAAAAAAACUCCUGACACAAGUAUUGUUGUCGAAAGAUUAAUGCACUUAAGGGAUUGUAUUAAACAAGUAUCAUCUAUAAUGAGCAAUUUAGAAAAAACUGAUGAACCAGUAAGUAAUAAAAUUACUAAUAAGCUUUUAUUAGAGUUGAACAGUAAUAAAAUUUUACUAUGAUAUAUAUUACAUAGU